GGGAGGGGUGUGGUGCGGUGCAGGGGCCUGAACGCUUUCCCAUGCUUUGCUCCGUGGCGUGUAACUGUAAUCCCAACACUCAUUACAAGCACUUUGAGACAGACAGAAGGUCGAAGAGUAUUGUUAAAGUUUUGUUCCGGUUUUAAAUAACGAACGGGCGUCACCAUGGGGAAGGGGUGCAUCACGGCCACCAAAUAUUUCCUGUUCCUCUUCAACCUCCUGUUUUUUCUGUUCGGAGCCCUGAUCAUGGGCUUUGGCCUGUGGGUCCUCCUGGACAACCAGAGCUUCAUUGCUGUGUUGCAGGAAGAGUCGAGCACGCUGAAGGUGGCCUCCUACAUGCUGAUCGGCGUGGGCUCCCUCUCCAUGCUCAUGGGCUUCCUGGGCUGUGUCGGAGCCAUCUACGAGAUCCGCUGCCUUCUCGGCCUGUACUUCACUUGCUUGCUCCUCAUCCUGAUCGCCCAGGUGACGGCCGCUGUGCUUAUAUACUUCCAGCGGGACCUGCUGAAGGAAGAGAUGGCUGGUAUUGUGAAUAAAAUCAUGAUCAACUACACUGGGGAGAACAGGACAGCUGACGUGGCCUGGGACUACCUACAAAAGACGAUUAAGUGCUGUGGCUGGACAGGCCCUGGUAACUGGUCGGAGAACGUCCAGAUAAGGAACAGCUCCGUGAUCCUGUACCCCUGCUCCUGCGGUAAUGGCAGUGGUCUGCCGCAGACAGGCCUUUGUGAAUCCUCCACCCCUUCCUUGCCUGUCUACUCCACGGGCUGCAUGUCCAGUGUGGAGGACUGGCUCCUCAACAACUGUGGAGUAAUCCUUGGGAUCUGUAUUGGCGUGGCUGUGGUCGAGCUCCUGGGAAUGAUCCUGUCCAUGUGUUUGUGCAAGAGUGUCCAUCAGGAAGACUACACCAAAGUGCCCAGAUACUGAGACUAUGGAUGGACACACACACACACACACACACACACACA